GAAUCGUCCCUUUGUUUCUACGCAAAUUAUUCUGUAAAAUUUUCCUUCGUUUUCUCACAUUUUCUUUCUCACCAAACAAUCCCUAGCUAGCUUAUAUUUCUCUUUCUUUCUUUCUCUCUCUCACGCACAUUCAAAGCUUCUUCUUCUUCUUCUUCUUGACUCUACCAUUACCAUUACAUUCCCUGACAGACAAAAAAAAAAAAAGAAAAAGAAAACGAUAUGACUAACUUCUCCCGAUCCAAAUCCACAGGAACUAUCGGGUUUAAACCCAGCCGACCCGGUCCAGAUAUAUACGAGAACAUCUACAACGAUGACGACGAGUACGAAGAAGAAGAACAUAGCACAACGAGCACAGACUACUACGACGCUUCGACGCCGUUGAGCUCACACGAGUCAAGAUCCGGGAACGGAUCCGGGUCGGGUCAGUUAACGAUCGUAGACCUUCUUGCGGCGGUUCUGAGGAAGUCGCUGGUGAUGUCGUGUACCAUGGAGAGAGGGGACGAUGACGUGGCGGCGUCUUCUAUGGAUAUAGGUUGGCCGACGGAGGUCAAGCACGUGAGUCACGUGACUUUUGACCGGUUUAAUGGUUUUCUCGGUCUUCCUUCUGAACUCGAACCGGAGGUUCCUCCUCGAGCUCCUAGCGCCAGUGUAAGUGUAUUUGGAGUAUCGGCGAAGUCAAUGCAAUGCUCAUACGACGACAGAGGGAACAGUGUCCCAACAAUUCUUCUCAGGAUGCAAAGACGUCUAUACACCGAAGGAGGUCUUAAAGCAGAAGGAAUAUUCCGAAUAAAUCCAGACAACGGCAAAGAGGAGCAUGUCCGGAGGCAGCUAAACCGCGGUGUGGUACCACGUGGAAUUGACGUUCAUUGCUUGGCCGGUUUAAUAAAGGCGUGGUUUAGGGAGCUACCAACAGGAGUGCUUGAUGUGUUAACACCGGAGCAAGUAAUGAGGUGUAAUACAGAGGAUGAUUGUAGUCGGCUCGUGACUCUUCUUCCUCCCGUUGAAUCUGCGCUUCUUGACUGGGCCAUCGGUCUAAUGGCUGACAUCGUGGAGCAUGAACAGUUCAACAAAAUGAAUGCUCGCAAUGUAGCUAUGGUCUUUGCCCCAAACAUGACUCAAAUGGCAGAUCCUUUAACUGCAUUGAUUCACGCAGUGCAAGUGAUGAACUUUCUCAAAACUUUGAUCUUAAUGAACCUCAAAGAGAGGGAAAACGCAGACGCCAAAGCAAGGUGGCUCGAGAAACAAACAUCUGAACCUUUAGAAGAAUGGGAAUCGCAACACUCCGAGAUAUUAAGUCCUGAGAAACCCAACAAUAGUAACCCUAAGUUCUUGAGAGUGGCUACUCUGUGUAGGUUAGAGGCUGACAAUGAAGAAGAGUAUUUGAACGUGAAGAAGAAAAACGAUCAUGAAGCUGUUUUAGAUGCUUCGUCGGGUAAUAAAAACACCAAACCUGUACAGAGGUUGAGUAAGCAUCCAUUGUUUCAGUUAAGCAAAGCCACGAAGAAACCUUUUGUAAGUAAUCGAGAUGAAGGAAGAAAAGGACGUGAAGCUUGGGGUUCACGUCUCUCUUCUUUGCCUUGGUAAAAUUUUCUUACCUCGCUUUAUUGUUUGCUGUUUUUUUUUUUUGAGAGUGUAAAAAAUAUUGUGAAAUAUGAUUAUAGAUGUUAGUUGUUUGAAAUAGGGAUAAAUUUUAUAUCCAACAAUUCAGAAGUGGAAAAAAA